AAAGAUGAAUGAAAUCCUCUGUGGAUAUUAUUAUGAUGUGGGUGAAGCGCGGAACGAGUGAAGCAGAGUGCGUGAGUGACAGAGCAACAAUGGCAACAAUACCCAUACGCAUGUCACCAACACCCUCUUCCACUGUUCCAUCAAAACCCAAACUUUCUUCAACCACACGAUUCCUUUCAUCAUCAAAUUCAUCACUGCCCAACAGAAGAACCACUUUGUUGUUGGCGUUCUCUUUCAGUUCCAAAAACGGACCCGAAACAGAGUGCCCUGUUCCGCAGGAACAGCAACCCAUAAACGAAUACCACUCACUUUCCACAUCCUUCCCCUUUUCUUGGGCCGCCGGCGACGCCGUCGAAUACGGUUCGCGGUUGUUCGUCACCGGCGCGUCAUUCGCACUAUUGGUGGGUCUUCCGGUGGCGUGGUUUGGCUCUGCCGGUGCCCAAUCGGAACCGUUGAAGAGAGUUUUGUGUGGUGCUUCGAGUGGGGUUUUUGCUGUGACACUUGCGGUUGUGAGAAUGUAUUUAGGUUGGGCUUAUGUUGGCAAUCGCUUGCUCAGUGCCACUGUUGAAUAUGAGGAGACAGGGUGGUAUGAUGGUCAGAUAUGGGUGAAGACAGCUGAAGUUUUGGCGCGUGACAGACUCCUCGGAUCAUUUUCUGUCAAGCCUUUAUUGAGCAGAUUGAAAAUUACUCUGGUGAGUUUGGCAACUUCAUUACUUGUAUGUGCUCUUAUCCUCAUUAACAUGGAAGGGGACCAAAAUCUAACAUUAAAAGAACCUGGAAUUCGAGUUGUACCUGGAGUUUACAAUGAUGAUUCUGCAAGAUUAUAUGAACCAGAUGCCUUUUGUGGUACUGCUGAACCUGAUCUUCAAUAAUAUAUGAUGACUUACACUAAAGAAUUAUCAAUCAUGGACCCUCCAUGCACUGUAGUUAUUUGGCAGGAAGGGGUGUUCCAUAAAUUAUCAAAUUCUAUGUUUCAUGUACAUAUCUUAUAUUGUCUUUUACACACCAUAAGUUUACUGUAAAGUUGAAAAUAAAUUGAACAUGUGUACAUUUUCAGUUUGUUGAGUAAUCCCUCUUUUUUUCUUCUUUUGGACAAUGAGACUGACUACUUCAUAUAGAAGAUUUACACCGUUAUUUAUUGUUAGGUGGUGGAAGAAACUUAGGAACGACAUGAAAAUAAUGUUACUUUUCACUCCAUGCUAGAAUUAUUUUUCUUCAAAUGAAGAGGAAAGUGUAUACAUGUGCCAAAUGGUGAGAAUAAAUAUCUUUUUUUGAGCUGAGAAUAUGUACAAAAUGAUGGAGUUAAUUCUU